UACGUUGCUUGUGUGCAAUGGUGACCACCUACAGUACAAUAUUAAGAGCAGUUGGCGCUGAUUUUCAUGCCCAGACUCAGUACGACAUCAGCAAGAGAGACCACUAUAUGGAUAAAAAAUACGCCGCACAAUAUCAAUAUCAGUAUUACGCUAUACGACGUUCGAUCACUUAGCAUCCGCGUAAUUGGCCGAGACCGCUGGCUUCCGAAGGCGUGGUCUGAAGAUCUCGUUUACAUUAUAGUUUUUGCCUUUUGCUUUUAGAUAGGAGUUUCAUAUUUCUGCCACCUUCUGGAUCUACUUUAUGUGAAUGAAAGUCGAAGAAGAUGGCCCGCGGCAAAAACUGUCAUGGCAAAAACAGAACUUCCCCCACCCCGGAACCAAGCGCCAGCGCCGACGGUGAUCGUCCGUCGGAGAAUUCCCCUGGUUCUAUCCGGCUGACAAAAAACACAUCGGACGCUGCUGCUUCUACUGAUGAAUUUUUGUCCGCUUUUCAGGCGGUCGCGGACACGUUGGUUGAGGCUUGGACUCCCGGCGAUCAGGCGAUCAUCGACGGAUUGGUCUCCCGUACGGAUCUGAACUCGCAGCGCGUGACGGUCAGCGGGGUUGACAAGGAGAAGGAGCGCGUCUGCGUGUCUGUGCCAAGCUCGGGGGAGGUGGUGAAGGUGAAGCCGGACAAGCUGACGCGACUCGUCCCUGUAGAAAACGCGGAGGGGAGGACACAGCGCGUACCUUUGACAGAGUGCUUCAACAGCACCGAUACAGCGGGCAGUGCUGGUGGGAGUGGUUCAGCCAAAGAGAAAUCGCGAAGCGGCGGAGCAAAUAGAGCAUCCAAGAAAGAUAUAGCCGAUGAGGUAGAGAAUAUCGCCGCUCCGAAAAUUGAUGCAGCAGCGCAAAACUCGAACUUCCCGAGCGAGAGCCUGUCUUUUGAUGCGGUUCCUUCUAGCGAUGAUGGAGCUACCAGCCCCCGAGGACAGCAGGCGAAUCACAGCAACUCCGCUCCCCUAUCCCUGAAGCCCUUCAAUCCCCCGAGGAUGUUUCGCCCACAAGAUUCCGCCAUUUCCUGGGCGUUUUCCGCGAGUGUGCCGGGCGAGGUUAGGCGUGCGGUCUCCAUCGACGACAAGAAUUGGAAGUACAUGGCGGCGCCGCUGCAGUGGAACUACCUCUGCAUGCACAUCGCGUACUACCACCACAGCGAACAGUCCACGCAUUUUAUGAUCCAGGACAACGAUGGUGGCGAGGGCUUGUUACUGUCCCUCUGCAGCCUGCCCGUGCGGGAGUGCCCGGUCGGGCUCGGUUUGGAGCCCGAACACUUCAAAGACUUCCACGCACCAGAAUUGUGGUCGGCCGAUGCGUCUAGGGGAAAGAAAGGGAAGAAAAAAUGCGGAAACCCGCUAGGAGGCUCGUCCACCUGUAGCUCUGCGACCGGCGGUGGAGGUGAGGCAAAAUCGGAAAAAACGUGCGAAAACCUGCUAGAAGAAGAUGAGGAGAGAGGCGUCGUGCCGCUCGGGCAGCCGCCACUCUUCUGCGUCAAAUACGCCCACACGGUGCGGGGAAAGGUCGACAUUGAGAGACUAAACGCAGAAAUGAAUUUGUGGGUAAACGAAGUAGCGCUGGAAGGUAAGUAAAAAUUAAGUUCUUUCUACAAGAAGAAAGUCAAGUUUUUUGCUGCCGUAUUCUGUUUGUGUUUCUACAACAAUGCGUGACCAAACGCCCGUGUGCCCUCCAGAUUGCAUUCCGCAGUUUAGUUUUCUUGCGAGACUUCAUGCUGUGCAAUUGACGAACAGGAACAAAAAACGACAGGUAAUUCCACUGCCUCACCAGAAGACACCUUCGGCGAGAAGUUCAAAAAGGUGAAGCACCUGAAGUCCUGCGUUCGAAGCGCCGCCGCGGUCCGGUACGGCUGUGAGGUGCUGAAGCAGAACCAGCGGCUGCUGGUACAGAAGGAGCGCGCUGCGGAGACCGAGUUUUUUCAAAAAUCGGUCUUGUUCCCCGCUCCACUGAAGGCCAUGAAGGACGCGCACGCAGCGCAAGCGAUAGUCCAGGAAAAGUGCACCAAUUGCGGGAAACUGGGCGAGAACAUGAUGAAGUAUCUAUGUUGUAUACGUUUUUCUUUCUUGAUGUCUACUUUUACUUCUUGUCUCUGUUUUUUGACCUGGUGACCAACUACCACUACGGAUGUCACAGGUGUUCGAGUUGUAGAAUGAAGAAACAUUUAUUUCUCCACCCUACCUCAACAACGACAGGUGCCCCGACACCGAGGUGAACAGGUUUUGCAACGAGCGCUGUCGCACCGCGGAGAAGAACAAAAAGAGCAAGAAGUCGCACGGAGAUAAUGACCCUAAUAGGCCGAGCGUACUGUUCGACGCGGUGGAGAAUUCGCUCCAGCGAAAACAGAUGGCCAUGUUCGGCAUGAUGGUGGGGCCCGGAAGUGGCGCCAGUGCCUGCACCAUUAACAACAAAACGGGGCAAGUUGUGUCGGGCGGUCCUCAGGGUGGCAAGAACGCCGAGAAGUCUUCUUCGCUCAACGUGUACGGUGACAAGGAAUUCAUCGUGAAAGUGCAGCCCCCGGUGGACGACCCCGAUAACUCCCCGUGGAUGUGUUACGACAAGCAGCGGUCGGUCCACUGUCUGCUGGAUGCGCAGGGCAUGACGAAAGAGACCCGGCGGAACAUUGCCGGGCGGAACAGCCUCGCGUGGAAAUUGGUGAAGAAGAAGGGGCAGGCGUCGAGGUUUCCCGACGGUGCGGUCGGGUACAAGGCGUUCUUGAAGGCGCGGUGGGAAGGCAGGAUGGUGCGCGUUUUUUUGGAUGACGUGGCCCCGUGGCAGACUUGGUGAGACGAACUGGCGGAUCGAUCUAUGAUUCGAUGUCGGACAAAUUCCGUAAAUAAAAAUAGAUACCUCUGCUGGAAUGUGAUAUUGAUUCGUGUGGGAACGAACAGACGUCGCGAAUUGUCGAUGUACUCAGUCAAACUCAUCACCUCAGUCACCAGAAAGGCUCGUCCAUGGGUUAUACAUUCUUUCGAGCCUUUCCGUGCUCGGCAUGGCAUAGUGCAGUACGAGCUGUUCUUGUACUAGCG